AUGGUACUGGAACGGGUGGUGGCAGAGAAAGAGGCCAGGUUGUUUGCGGACGUGCUGGCGGGACUGUUGAUGUCCCUGAACGCCACCACACCUUCAAGUUACGUACAGUCAUCGUCCUCACGUCGCUCCGGCCUUGAACACCUUUUCUUUUGCGCGACAUGCACGCAAAGCACUAUCCGAUUCUUUGAUAAAUUGGAUGGGAGGAUGGACAAUGCGGCCUCACAGUCCUCGGACCUUUUCGGCCCCGACGAUCCCACUUUUCUUGAAGCGCUUGCUAGAGCUGUUCUGCCCGGCGACGUCGCUAUGCCCGAUGUCGAAGCUGAAAAUCUCGGACAGCUCGUUGCCCUCCCGGCGGAAAUGGGCCCGAGAGGAACGAAACGUUCGUGGUCGCCGCCUCCUGCUCGGAGUCCUAGCCCGCUGGAUGAGGGAUUAUUCCGCAGCGGAUAUGGAUCUCUCAAAUCUAUCAUCCAUCUCAAUACUGAAGAUGAGGAACCGAGCAGCUAUCUCGAUUCGGACACCUACGGGGCCAGUAAAUUCAAUGGAUGGGGAGACUACAUGCGAAGGAAGAGGGCGAAAUUGCAAGUUCAGAACGACGAAAUGGAGGAACAGAACGAGGCAAAUGGGUCUGCCGGCAAGCCAAAAAUAUUCAGGGGUCUGGCCAUCCAUAUCAAUGGUUUCACUAUUCCAUCCGUGCAGGUCCUCCGCGGGAUGAUCACGCAAAACGGCGGAACAUACCAUGCCUAUCUCGAUAAGAAAGGCCUCGUAACCCAUGUUGUGGCAUCAAAUUUGACACCUGCAAAGGUGCUCGAGUUCAAGCACAUGAAAAUCGUUACGCCUGACUGGAUCACAAAGAGCGUCGAGGCCGGACUGUUGCUACCAUGGCGGGACUUCAUUCUCCACCCGAGCGAGAUGGAUCGAUUGGACGAGGCUCAAGGCUCGCGAACGGCUCAGAAGACCUUGCUUGAGGGAUUUCAGACUCAGGCAAGAAGAGCGACACAGCAGACUUCAGUACCUCACCGUCCGCAACGCACAACUAUUCUUGGGUGCCAGAAGCCAAGUUCUCCUGGAACACCUCAGGUGCAGCAACCGGCUACAGAUACCCUGAUGAAUAAUCCCCCCGAUAUUUCGGAUUCUCAUGCGAGAGAAUCACUGUCUGGAUUGGAUGACGUUGCCACCACAUCCGGUACCGCGGUGGAUCCGGCUGAGUGCUCUUCCAACAUUUCCGAUGGGAAGGAAAUUGGCCAGUCUACUUCCGCCAAUGUCCGCUUGAUGAACGAAAUGUCUGGUCCAAAGACCCCUACAAAGCAGAAGCGAUCUAUCUUAGAUGGCCCCUUCGUUGCAGGUACAAAGACGCCAGAGAGCCCUGAGAAGAAGACUUCUCCAACAACUGUGGAUUGCUCAACUGAUCCAGUCACUCAUGAAGCAGCGGCACAUAUUCCAGCUCACGCUUCUUUCAAGUCCAAUCCCAAUGCUGCUCGGCUAAUGCAAAACCCUCGCUGGGCGGCCAAGCACACCUCCGCCAAAGGUGCCGAAUUCAUUGAAGGUUUCUAUAAACAAUCAAGGCUGCAUCACCUCAGCACUUGGAAGGCCGAGCUCAAGGAGUUGGUAGCGAAGGCGCAAGCAAAGCUGGAGGACGACCAGAGUCGCGAGCACGAAGAUGGACCAGAUAAGGGUGUUAGUAUGGCGGGUCAUGUGCUUCCUGAGGGAAAGGCAAGACUGGACAGCAAGGGCAGAGUCCGGCCAGAAGACCGCGUGAUUAUGCAUUGUGACUUCGACUCUUUCUUCGUCGCCGCCAGUCUAAUCGACCGUCCGCACCUGAAAGGAAAACCCGUGGUCGUGUGCCAUUCCCAGGGCAAGGCCGCUGAUGCGGGGACAGGAAGGACAGGGUCUAGCACCAGUGAAGUUGCCAGCGCCAGCUAUGAAGCGCGCAAGUUUGGCAUCAGGAAUGGUAUGAGUUUGGGACAAGCACGUAAACUGUGUCCUGAACUGGAGACCCUUCCAUACGAGUUCGAAAAAUACAAGGAAUUCUCACUGAAGUUCUACACAAUACUCAUGACAUAUGCGGACGAUGUACAAGCCGUCUCAGUGGACGAAGCCCUGAUAGAUGUCAGCAAUGCGGUUGCUCGUGCUCGAUUCGUUCCUUGUGUGGAUGGAGAGGGCGGGCCCCCAAAUCACGUCAAGGAACUUGCAGAGGCAAUCCGUGAUGACGUGCGGAAGUCCACUGGAUGCGAAAUCAGCAUCGGUGCAUCCCACAACAUACUCCUUGCUAGACUGGCCACGAGAAGGGCCAAGCCGGCGGGCUCAUGCCACAUCCUUCCUGAGGAUGUCUCCGCCUUGUUGGAAGAUCUGGACAUCAAGGAUCUGCACGGUGUUGGAUGGAGUAUCAGUGAGAGGAUGGACAGUAAUCUGGGAAUUAAGAAGGUUGGAGAGCUCGCCAAACAACCGAAAGCUACGCUUCAGAAGCUUUUUGGACCGAAGAUGGGGGAGAAACUCUUCAAUGCCGCCCGAGGUAUCGAUAAUGCUCAGAUCGAAUCUCACAAGCAGAGAAAGUCUGUUUCCGCCGAAGUCAAUUACGGAAUCCGUUUUGAGACCGAAGAGCAAGCAGAACGCUUCAUGCAUGACCUUGGGCGCGAAGUUUCUCGUAGGCUGAAGAAUGUCGGUAUGAAGGGGCGUUUCAUGACUCUCAAGCUCAUGAAACGACACCAUGACGCCCCCCUGGAAGCACCCAAGUUUAUGGGACAUGGCAUAUGUGACACGUUUAGCAAGUCGGCACCGAUCACUGCUCGAGGCGGAACAGCAACGGACGACCCAGAUAUUAUUGGAGAAGAAGCUUGGAAGCUGCUCAAAAGUUUCGGUUUUGAUUCCAAAGAGCUGCGAGGUCUUGGUAUUCAGAUCCAAAAGCUAGAAGGGGGUCUCGGGCAAAAUACACCCCCUGUUGGGCAAGGUAUCCUUGACUUUCAGAAGGUCGCCAGUCCGUCCAAGCGAAGCCGUCAGGCUUCUGGUGACAAUGAAAUACCAACAGGUCCACAAUCGGGCAUGUCCACUGAGGACGAACAAAUGACAGUCAAGGCUGAAGAACAAGAGGAAGUCCUUCGACCUGUCACUCUUUUCGAGCUUCCAUCAUUUGCGCAGAUCGAUUUAUCGGUCCUGGACGCUCUUCCAGCAGACAUUCGAGCAGAGGUAGAAGCCGAAUACGUGCGUCCUCGCCCUCGACUCCCAUCGGAGCUUCCCCAGGCGGGUCCGUCGGUCGUUUCCCCAGUCAAAGCCGAGCGGAGCCCACCAGAUGUGAAACACAUUACCCGCCAACUGGCACCCAAGCGGAACGGCAAUCGUCCACCGCCCAAGUAUUCAAUCUUCCAAAAGCGCGAAACUACGCCAGUGGUGCAAGUUGAGAUUACAGACGGGGAGUUGCGGGAGCUCCAGAUCGAUCCUGAGGUAUUCCGGGCUCUUCCUGGGGACCUGCAGCGCGAGCAGCUUGCAGCCCAUAAGGGAACACUGCAUCUCCCACCUCGAGUGGUGGCUGCCAGGUCCACAAAACCUGCACGCGAAUCGCGCUCCCCAUCUGUGCCUGCCCGCCGGUCCAAACAAGUGUAUCAAGCGGUAUUCCCACAAGAUCCGGAACUAGGCAGGAUGAGCGAGACUUCUGCUAUUCGAGAACUGAUUGAGCAGUGGUUUGUCUCAAGUGUAGAUUCAGGCCCGCACGAGAAGGACCUUAAGCGUAUCGGUGAUUUUCUGGUCAAGUGCCUUGAGGGUGAUGUGGGAAUGGAGAAGGGGGUUGUGGUGAUGCAGUGGUGGAAGCAUCUGAUUGAGGCGAGGUGGGUUUCGGACACACAUAGGAGCGCUGGAAAGCUGUGGUGGGAUGCGUUCACAGGCAUCAAGAGAAGACUGGAUGAGGUUGUAAAAAGGAGGUUUGGGGGAACAUUGAGCUUGGAUUAA